AUGCACUUCAAGAUCCUCUCCGCUGUCUUUGUCGCUCUGUCGCUCGGCUUUGCAUCAUCCUGUGCACCACUCAGGGUUCGCACGGACUACAACAAUUUGUACUUCGGUGCGACAGCCGUCGACAUCGCAGUACCACCCGGUGAAUACAGACCGUCCAGCCUUGAGCACAGCUCUAGCUCUCAAAAGUGGACCAUUAACCCCGACGAAUUUAACGAUUUGCGCUUCGGUUCGGGUACGGUCAUAGGCUCAAUUGGAAUGAGUAAGGGAGAGGAUGCUUCGAGCCGUACUUAG